AUGGAGUGGCCGAAUCCAAGGAGUGUUACUGAAGUAAGAAGUUUCUUGGGCUUAGCAGGCUAUUACAGGAAGUUUGUGGAAAAUUUAUCUAAAAAAAUUGCCCGAUCGUUGUUUAAGAUACGUAAAAAGGGAGUUCGAUUUCAAUGGGGCGAGAAGCAUAGUAAAUCACUAGAAGAGCUUAACAGGAGACUUACGACUACACCUGUGUUGACCAUGCCCAACUAUGGGAAGCAUUUGAGGUAUAUUAAGGAGCUGAAUAUGCGACAAAGGCGGUGGUUGGAAAUCAUUAAAGACUUUGAAGUUGACAUAAAUUAUCAUCCUAGAAAAGCAAAAAAAGUGGCAGAUGCAUUAAGUAGAAGGCCGAGGAUAUCUGUAAAUGUUAUAAUGACGAUACCUUGGGAACUAUACCUAGAAAUCCAGAAGUUAGAUCUAGAAAUUUUUAAUCACUAUCCAGUUGUUAGCUAUCAAACCAACAUCAAAAUGGCACCAGACGAAGCCUUAUACGGGAGAAAAUGUCGAGUGUCGUUGUGUUGGGAUCAGAUGGACCUAAAUGUGCCUGAAGAACCAGAUCUUAUCCAAGACUCUAUUGAUAGCUUGGGGUGGUGCAAAAGAACAUAA